CAAACAUGGACAUUACCAUCCAGCACCCUUGGUUCAAACGUGCUCUGGGACCCCUGAUUCCAAGCCGUUUGUUCGACCAGUUUUUUGGAGAGGGUCUUCUCGAAUACGAUCUUCUGCCUUUGUUCUCUUCCACUAUCAGCCCUUACUACAGGCAGUCUCUCUUCCGCAGCGUGCUGGAGUCAGGCAUUUCAGAGGUGAGAUCUGACCGGGAAAAAUUUACAAUCAUGCUGGAUGUAAAACAUUUCUCUCCUGAAGACCUAAGUGUGAAGAUUAUUGAUGAAUUUGUGGAAAUCCAUGGCAAGCACAGUGAAAGACAGGACGACCAUGGCUACAUCGCCCGUGAAUUCCACCGCCGGUACCGCCUGCCCUCCAACGUGGACCAGUCCGCCAUCACCUGCUCCCUCUCCAGCGACGGCAUGCUGACCUUCUCUGGCCCCAAGGUCCAGGCCAACAUGGACCCCAGCCACAGUGAGAGACCCAUCCCUGUGUCCCGGGAGGAGAAGCCCACCUCUGCACCUUCCUCUUAGGCUGAACCUGCUGCUGAAGUAUGCAGGCUGCCACGAUCUGCAGGCCUCAUUCCCAGAGCCGUUGUGUAGAUAUCAGUGAAUAUCUAGAGGGUAUUUUUUUUUCCUGUUUCAGUUUUUUUUUCUUGGAUGGAAUGAGGGGCUGGGUGAGCAGCUGGUGGACUUU